AUGUCUUAUGAAAUGUCAACACAACACACUACUAGGGUCGGCGCAAGACCCUUCAAUCAUAAUCAGUCCCAAGCUGCCGAAGAAGAAUAUGAUCGCCUACGAGAUCUUGCCCGCCGUGAGGCACAGAAGCGCUCGGAAUGCUUCGCAAAGUCACAACAAGCAUACAGCAACGGCGAUGGAGCUGCGGCUCACGCACUAUCACAAGAAGGAAAGGAUCAUGGUGCCAAGAUGGAACAAUACAACAAGCAGGCCUCUGACUUCAUCUUUCGCGAAAAUAAUGCCGAUGGAAGAGUCCCUCCAGACACGAUAGAUCUGCACGGGCAGUUUGUCGAAGAAGCAGAAGACAUCUUGGAACAAAGAAUAAGAUAUGCUCAGUCGCAUGGAGAAAACCAUCUUCAUGUGAUAGUCGGCAAAGGCAACCACAGCGCAAACCAUGUGCAGAAGAUCAAGCCUCGUGUCGAACAGGUGUGCAGAGAAUUGGGCUUGCAAUACCACACCGAACCCAACGAGGGGCGCAUCUAUGUCAAUCUGACUGGCGGUGCCGUCGACAUGCAGCAGGCAAGUAACUGGGGUGGCUAUCAACAAUCAUACCCUGGUGGGCAAGCUCAACAGAGUCACGGAUAUCAGCCUCAACAUCAGCAGCAGUACCAUCACCAACAGCAGCAGCAGCAGCAUGGCGGCCAAGGACAACAAGACGAAAUCGAAAAGGUUGUCAAGAAAUUCUUACCCAGAAUCAUCAACAAGUUGCUGCGCAUGCUCUGUCACUGA